AUGAUACAAAGUAAUUCAGUUUCUACAAAUGAAUUAAAUCUGUGUCCCCAAUUUUCCGAUAAAAUGUCAACCAAUGGAUCCUUUUUUAUACCUGAGAUAAAAAAGUCGACUCCCUGUGAAGGUGAUUUCCAAAUCGGUGAUAAAAUUUACGUUAACGGUGUCAAACCGGGAAUAAUUCGUUACCUUGGUGAGACAAGUUUCUCUUCAGGUAAAUGGUCUGGUAUCGAAUUGGAAGAUAAUUCUGGUAAAAACGAUGGUUCCGUUGGUGGAAUUAAAUAUUUCUCAUGUCAACCAAACCAUGGAAUUUUUGUUCGACCCCAUCGAUUAACCUGUGAACCAAUUCCAGAGAAAACUUCAUCGUCCACCGUUUCCUCAUCGAUUAACGGUGAAACCACAGCGACAACCACUCGAUGUACAUCAUCAACUUUAACCUCAUCAAUUCGUAAAACUCCCAGUAAAUCAAUUAAAUCAUCUAAUCACCUUAAGUCAUCAGUUAACAGCGAAAAAUUGAGACAAGGUAUCCUUCGAGCUUUGGACUCUUCUGGUCUUGGUAAAUCCCAUCGAAACUAUUACUUGGGUAAGAAUAAAGAAUCAAGGACAACUUUAGAUCAAAGGAUUUCAACCAUUGAAAAUGAUGUUCGACAAUUGCGAUCAGAUAAAUCAAAAUUAGCCGAUAUGCUGGUUGACCAAUUAACUAUGGUCAAGGAAGAUAAUGGUGACCUUAGUGAUCAAGUUGUCUCUUUACAAAUUGACAAUAUUGCUCUUCACAUGAGAAUCGAUGAGCUAAAUAAACUCUGGACUUGUAAUAAAUUGUUGGUUAAAACGUUGGAAUUGGUAAUUGGUGAAUGGAGGAAAGAUGUACAAUCAAAGGACAGCGGUAAUCAGGCAUUGAGAGAAGCUUUAAUUCAAACCAAUUCUCUUAAUCGUCAAUUGAUGAUGAUGAUUUCCAACGAAAAGAAAAGGAAAAAUGAUGAUCUACAACGAAUGAAGCAACAAUUAACUAAUUAG